GUUUAAAGAAAGGUUGGAUGCCACAACAGACAGUUUUGACCUAAUGUCGGAGCCUCCUACAUGCUGCAUCUGCCUGGAUGAGUUCACCAGCCCCACCACCCUCCCUUGUGGACACGUCUUCUGCCUGGAAUGUAUAGGAGAAUACUGGAGGAUCAAUGAUGCCUGCCAGUGCCCGCUCUGCAAGGCAGACUUUCCAGAAAGACUAGAGUUGAAAACCAACCAAACACUACAGAGUCUUGCUAAGACAGUACCUCUAAGAGCUGGAGAGGUCCCUUGUGAUUUCUGUUCGGAGGAACAAGCCGCAGUCAGGUCCUGUCUGACAUGCUUGGCCUCUUACUGCACUGCUCAUCUGCAGCCACAUUACCAGUCGGAAGAUCUUCGACGCCACCAACUGAUCAAUGUGAUGAAGAACUUGGAUGACUCUGUGUGCAGAAUGCACGAGAGGCCAUUAGGACUGUUCUGCAAGAGCGACCAAACCUGUAUUUGCACAAAGUGUGCUGAGAUAGACCACAGAGGACAUCGCAUUAUUUCUAUUAACAGAGAGGCAGCAAAAAAGAAGGGGAUACUGAAACGAAGACGGAGUAAACUUCAGCAAGAAAUUCACACUAGGCGGAGUAAAGUUCAUGAAAUUAAGCUGUCUGGAGACAUCGGUGGAGAAAGCCCACAAGCAGCGUGGAUGCAAAACACAAAGCUCCUUGAACAGCUGGAAGGAGAAAUCACUGAGCUGCAGGAGAAAAACACGGAGCUGGAGCAACUUUUACAGACUGAAGACAACCUGCUCUUCUUACAGAGAUUCCUACACCCUUAG